AUGUUCCGAUCGAAAAAUAAGAAGAAAGAAAAGAAGAUUGACGAACCGGAGGAUGAUCAAGAGGCGCUCAAACUGAAAUUGGCUCCUGCUCGCCGUCAACUCGCCGAGGAGACCGGAAAGAAUCGGAAGAUCAUGGAAAACGACCGGAGCAACGAUGAGAUUCUGAUUCUGAAGGAGAAACUGAAGACGGUCACGGAGAUGUUGGACAAAGGUUCGCAGAAGAUUCUGGAGGAGAAUGAGAAGCUCAGGACAAUCAACAAUCGGUUGAGUGAGGAUCUUAACUCUACGAGGUCAGCUAUUCCUAUCCUGUCGCAAAUGCAUUCCUCCCAAGUCAAAGAUCUCAUCUCUGACCUGGAUCAGGCCCGGCUCGAGAGUAAUCGCUUCAAAAUUUGGGGCGAUCAACUGAAAAUCCAGUUGAACGACGCGAACUCGGAUCGGAACAUGACUCGGCGAGCGAACAACAAACUGGCGAAGCAGGUCCGGAAACUGAAAGACACCCGGAAGGAGCUGGUCGAGGAUCUGAGCCAGAAGACGGUCGAGUUGUUGAACACGAGCCUGCAGUACGAACUGCGGAUCCGCGAGUUGGAGGAGCAACACGGAGAGCCGCCGACGUGCGAGAUUUGCGAGUAUCCGUACAGCGAGGACGGACCCACCGUGCCAAUGAUCUUAGGUAAGAGUAUAGAAUGGCCAUUGGUUGAUCAAAGAUAAUUUCAAUUUUCAGAAUGCGGUCACACGUUCUGCCGUUCGUGCAUCUCGAAAAUGAGCACCGCCUACGCAGUGGAAUGCCCGUUGGAUCGGCUGUCGACCGAUGUGUAUUUCGGCGGAAAUUUGAAGAAAAACUAUCUCGUCUGCCAGAUUGUUCGUUCACGGGUUUCAACAGUCACCGAUUGCUAA